CACACUUUAAGCAGAAUCAAGAAGUAGAACCCCCCCCACCACCACCACCAUCCUUUCUAUCGCUUCAGUAAUUAAUUUAGUCAUUACUGCGGCUUAUUUAAAUAACUGAGAACAGCCUAAAGGUGGGUCAGGAGCCGCUCAGGCUGAGGUUCAGAAAACGUAGAGAAGCAUGACUAUAUUUUCCGAGUACUCUCCAUUAUUUCUGGCCUCUGAUGGUAUUUCAUUGUAAUUGCUAUGAUGUCAGAGUGUCCGUCCGCCCUGAUGGCUGUCUAAAAACAACAACAAGGACAGAUUGGUUCCAUUCACCAGCUGUUGUCCGGACACGAGUCAAGCAGCUCAACUCUCUGCAAGACCCUUAGCCACAAAGCAUGCAUCUCCAUCCUGUCUCUUUUCUCUUCGUCCUCAUUGCCGGGGCGGUGGCGAUGUGUGUUGCUGUGACGACCUCGCUCCAGGGCUUCAGAGGCUGCGCCGUGCGAGAGUUCUCCUUUGUGGCCCAGAAACCCGGCUGCAAGGGUCUCCGUAUCACCACGGAGGCCUGCUGGGGGCGCUGUCACACCUGGGAGAAACCUGUGCCGGAGCCUCCAUACAUCCACUGGCACCACCGCGUGUGCACGUACAGUCGUACCCACCACAUGAGUGCCCGUCUGCCAGGCUGCCAGCCUGAUGUCUCCCCACUGUACCAUUACCCUGUGGCCCUGCACUGCCACUGUGCCAUCUGCUCCACACAGGAUACGGAGUGUGAGACCUUUUGAGGGCCUUCGAGUCAACAGCGCUGUCAGAUGUUUUAAUCCUGACAUGAAUAACACAGAGGAAGACAAUCAGAGAGCAAUGUUAC